CAUACUUGCUUUAAAAUGAAGAUAUUUAAAUGGACUUUGGGUGUACUGUUGUUCCUGCUGUUGUCUAUUGGGCGCUGUACAGAACAAUCUACGCCUAAUAAAACAUCCCAACGGAGGCACCCUCGUUCAGCAGACGGCGGAGAGGAAGGGAAGAAAUGUGGUUACACAUUCUUGGUCCCGGAACAAAAAAUCACAGGGCCAAUUUGCGUGAAUACUAAUGCACCAGGCACUGGUAACAGAAAAGACGAAGUCACAAGAAUGGACAUAGAGAACUUGAAGGAUGUGCUGUCCAAGCAAAAGCGGGAGAUUGACAUUUUGCAAUUGGUAGUGGAUGUGGAUGGAAACAUUGUGAAUGAAGUAAAAUUACUGAGGAAAGAAAGUCGUAACAUGAACUCUCGGGUCACCCAACUCUACAUGCAACUCUUGCAUGAGAUAAUUCGAAAGCGCGAUAACUCACUUGAGCUUUCCCAACUGGAAAACAAAGUCCUCAAUGUUACAACAGAAAUGUUGAAGAUGGCAACAAAAUACAAAGAGCUUGAAGUAAAAUAUGCAGCACUAACUGAUCUUGUAAAUAAUCAGUCUGUGACUAUCUCGCUGCUGGAAGAGCAGUGCUUGAGAAUCUUCUCACGACAGGACACCCAUGGGUCUCCACCUCUUGUUCAAGUCGUGCCACAGCACAUUCCUAACAGCCAGCCAUACACGCCCGUUCUUCUGGGAGGUAACGAGAUACAGCGAGACCCCAGUUACCCUAGAGACAGAGAUGUAAGGCCACCACCUGAUCCAGCUACUUCUCCUACAAAGAGUCCUUUCAGAGUACCACCACUGGCUUUAAUUAAUGAGGGUCCAUUCAAAGACUGCCAACAAGCCAAGGAAGCUGGGCAUUCCAACAGCGGGAUUUAUAUGAUCAAACCCGAAAAUAGUAAUGAGCCAAUGCAACUAUGGUGUGAGAACAGCCUGGACCCUGGAGGAUGGGCAGUUAUUCAGAAGAGGACAGAUGGAUCUGUCAACUUUUUCAGGAACUGGGACAGUUACAAGAAAGGUUUUGGAAACAUUGAUGGAGAGUACUGGCUGGGACUAGAAAAUAUUUACAUGCUUACCAAUCAGGAUAAUUACAGACUAUUGAUUGAGUUAGAGGACUGGAGCAAUAAGAAAGUCUAUGCAGAAUACAGCAGUUUCCGCCUGGAGCCUGAAAGCGAAUUCUACAGGCUACGCUUAGGAACAUACCAAGGAAACGCAGGCGAUUCCAUGAUAUGGCAUAAUGGCAAGCAAUUUACAACACUGGACAGAGACAGAGAUAUGUAUUCAGGAAACUGUGCUCAUUUUCACAAAGGCGGCUGGUGGUACAACGCGUGUGCCCACUCUAACCUUAACGGGGUGUGGUACAGAGGAGGCCACUACAGGAGCAAGUAUCAGGAUGGAAUAUUUUGGGCUGAGUACCGGGGAGGUUCCUACUCCUUGAAAGCAGUUCAAAUGAUGAUCAGACCUAUAGACUGA